GUGAAAUAAAGAAUAUAUAUAGAUAUAUAUUCUCUCUUGGCACUUUCUAAAGUCUGCAAGGAAAGAAGAGAAGCGGCUGGGCAAAUAACACUUCGUGCAGAAAAUUCAAGUCAGCUGCAGGAAGAGAGGGGAAACUUUGGCAGCUAGGAACAAGAAAAGGAGGAAGAAUAUUUUGUCAAAAGCCCCUUUUGCAAUUAUUUCUCUCUCUUUCUCGGCAACUUCAAAAGAGAAAAAAAGGGGGGGGGAAAGCAUAGCGGAAUCACUUCUCAUUUGAUCUGAAUUUUUAUUUUCCCUCCCGUUUCGUUAAGUUUUAAUCAACUUCGAAGUUGCAACAAAGGGGAGAAGCGAUUUGGACAUUUGGACGUUUUUUAUUUUAGCAUUUAUCCCUGGGGGCAACGUUACAUGAUCGACUGCCUUCUGGCUUGGUGACUUUAAAUUUAUCCCUGGUUUUCCCCGACAAGGGAGAAAAGUUUUGGGGAUACCCUUGUUUUUCUUCUUUAAUUGAUUGUCCCCACACAAAAAAAAAUAUCCAUGUUUCUUCUGCUGAUCAUCAUCUGUUUGAACCUGGCUUGUUCGGCAGCCCAAAGGGGUCCUUCCAGCAGAUACGAUGAAGAAAUCGUUUAUCCUGAAAAACUGAAUGUCACCGUUUUGGGAAGUCAGGAAGACCCAUCUGGCAUUCUUGAGAAUGAAAAUUCCCUCGAUUAUAACAUGAAUUCAGAUCAACAUCUGUCGUUUCGACUGCAGAUGUUUGGAGAAAAACUGACCCUCAAUUUAGAGAAAGACCCCAGCUUUUUCUCCAAGGACCUGACCGUCCAAUAUUUGGGUAGGUUGAAGCCGGUGGUGGACACUCUAACCGAACGAGGCAACUACUUCACCGGGACAAUCAAUUCGGAUCCGGAAUCGAUCGUGGCAAUCAACUUCGAUGGGGUCUCUUUGAUCGGGGUGCUACAAUAUCGGGGCACCGAAUAUCACAUCCAGCCUCUGAGAGGGGGAACCCCGAACAUGGCAGGAGGAGCCGAGGCCCACAUGGUGAGGAAGAAGAUGUCGGAGAAAGAGGAUGGGCCAAUGUGUGGGGUCGCCGCGCAGGCGCCGGAAGGCGCACCCAGCGAAGAAGGAAAGCUGUGGGAGAAGAGGGGCGCAUCUCCCAGGAGAGCCAAGGAUCUCUGCGGACGCUCCAGCUGUGGUACCCUGGGCAUGGCAGAUGUGGGCACGGUCUGUGACCCGGCCCGCAGUUGUUCCAUAGUUGAGGAUGAUGGGCUUCAGUCGGCCUUCACUGCGGCCCAUGAAUUGGGUCACGUCUUCAAUAUGUUGCACGACGACGACAAACACUGCAAGGAACUAAACCGUCACAGCAAAACCCGCCACAUGAUGGCGUCCAUCAUGUCUCCGGUCAAUCCUGACGAGAUGUGGUCCCCGUGCAGCGGCCGCUUCAUUACCGACUUCUUGGACAACGGCCACGGUUCCUGCCUCUUGGACAAGCCCCACGAACCCCUGAAAUUGCCCGCCGUCUUCCCUGGCAACAAUUACAACGUGGACCAGCAGUGCCAGCUGAGCUUCGGCACCGAAUCCCGCCACUGUCCCAAUAUGCACCCGCCUUGCUCCUCCCUCUGGUGCACCGGCCAGAUCAACGGGCAGUUCAUGUGCCAGACCAAAUAUUUCCCCUGGGCCGACGGGACGCCCUGCGGGGAAGGGAAGAGCUGCAUGAGUGGGGAAUGCAUCAGCCACACGCAGCUGAAGGCCUACAAUCCACAGAAAGCUCUGACUUUCCGCGAACAACAGUGCGCUGUGUACAACCACCGAACGGACAUGUUCAAAGAUUAUCCAUCACCCAUGGAUUGGGUGCCACGCUACAGCGGGGUGGCCAAGCGUGAUCAAUGCAAGCUGACUUGCCAAUCCCAUGCCUUGGGCUACUAUUAUGUACUGGAGCCAAGGGUGGCUGAUGGGACGCCCUGCUCUCCGGAUUCUACCUCGGUCUGUGUCCAAGGACGCUGCGUCCACGCCGGCUGCGACCGCGUCAUCGGGUCCAAGAAGAAGUUUGACAAAUGCAUGGUGUGCGGCGGAGACAACUCGCGGUGCACCAAAGUCUAUCGCUCUUUCACCAAGCCCCAGUACGGCUACAACGACGUGGUCACCAUCCCCGCCGGAGCUACCAGCAUCCUGAUCCGCCAGAUUAGCAGCUCAGCCUCGUCCAGUGACGGCAUUUACCUGGCCCUCCGCCGGCAGGACGGCUCCUACGCCCUGAACGGCAACUACGUCCUGAUCCCCUCCGAACAAGAUGUCCACCUCCGGGGCGGCGUCACUUUGCGCUACAGCGGGGCCACCAAACCUAUGGAGAUGAUCACCGGGCCGGGUCCGUUGAAAGAGCCGCUCACCCUGCAGGCGUUGGUGGUGUCCGAUCAGAAGACCCCUCGUCUGAAAUACACCUUCUUCCUCCCCAAGCCUACGAAACGCCUCUCCAACCAGUGGCUGAAGCAAAAGGCCCGAAUUCUGGAAGUGCUACAGAGUCGGCGAGGGCGCAAAUAGGACCUCUGGACACGAGGAUGUGGGGCAGGGGUCUCAAACUCUUCCUGUUCCCCCUUCUCCCCAUCUUGGAGGAGGCCGGGAAUUCCCGGUGGGGAGGAGAGUUUCCCCCUUGCUUGUCUUUGCAAAGAGGACUCCCCCCAUUGUGGGCCCGAAAGACACACAUUGUUUCUCGGCUUGCCACGGACAAUGGGCUUGGACGUUAAGCGAAGCAGGAGCCGGAUCUGGGACCGGGGAGAAAGGGGAGGAAAGGCAACAGAAGAAGCUAGGAAUGGUCAAUUUGGCACCGGUUUCUUCAGUUGAAAUAAUUCCCACUUUUGGGGAGAUUUGGGGGGAGCAGAACGAGGAAAGAAUGGACGGAAAAAAUGAAACGAGAAAAAUCUUUUCCAAAGCCGAAAAAGAGGAGAGGAAGAAAAAGAAGCUUUUUUGGGACUCGGUGGAACAGAAAUAGCGAGAAGCCGGAGAAAAACGAGACCGAAUUUGCAAAGCUGGAUCCGAGCUCUCUCACGGCUCAAUCCUGUACGGCGGCUGGACCUUCGGACGGUUGAUGUCCGGCCGUUCCUGUGUAAUAUAUUUAUUAUUUCAGCUAUUUAUUUUGUCCUUUUGGGGAAGCAGGGAGGAGUUGGGGAAGGGGCAAUUGGCCACGCCCCCUUUUGAGAGAAUCAAGCAGGCGGCCGCACGGUUCCUUCGCUCGGUAGUCCUCGGCUUACGGCUGCCAUCGAGGCCCAGCACCUGCGCGGCUAAGCAAUGUUCAACAAAUGGCAUCUGGUUUUAUGGCCUUUAUGGUCUAUCAUCUAUCUGUAUCUAUCUAUAAUCCAUAAGAAUCUCUCUUAUCUCUAUCUAUCUAUCUAUCUA